ACGGAGCGGAGCGUAGUGGAGGAGGUUGCUCCUCAAGUCUCGUUUCCGCAUUCAGUCUUUAAACCACCAUACAUAAAGCAUCGUCGUAAUGCAGAAUAUAUAUUUAGAAGAAAAACGCGCCUGUGCCAAAGAAUGGUAAGACUAUCUCCAAUAAUGUGUUUUUCGUAAAAAGCUUUUAGCAUCUGCGCCGUCUGGUUGUUCUCCCUGGCCUGCUGGUCGGUGCCUUCGACCGCUGCCGAGACGUAACAGCGGAGAGAUUCACAAGCUGAAAGAAGUUGAGUGGUUUCCCAUAUGAGGCCUGUGUGGAGCUUGUGUGUAGCCCCCAACUUCCCACCAGUAGCUGUAAGCAUGACCUAUGGUAUGAGCCUGUGACCCCCAGCAGACGUGAUGCGUGCGUGGGGGUGGGGGGGUUCCUGGCGCUGGGUGAUAGUGAUCCUCCUGGCCUGGGGAACCCUGCUCUUCUACAUUGGGGGUCACCUGGUUAGGGACAGCGAGCAUCCGGAACGUUCCAGCAGAGAACUGGCGAAGAUUCUCGCCAAGCUGGAACGCCUCAAACUGCAGAACGAGGACCUACGACGCAUGGCCCAGACGCUCAGGCUGCCUGAGGGCCAGGCAGAACUAGGUGUGGUUGAUGCUGGGAAGUUGCGCCACCUAGAGGAGCAGCUGAUUAGAGCCAAGGAGCAGAUCAACUCUUACCGUAGUCUCCCUGGAGACGGGCCAGGCAGGAACCAGGAAGAGUUGAGGAGGAAGGUGGAGACGGGAGUGAAGGAGCUCUGGUACUUUGUCCGCAGUGAGGUCAAGAAGCUGGGUUCCAUGGAAUCGCCCGCCCUGCAGAAACACACUGACACAUUACUACAAGACCUGGGACACCAGCAGAGAUCCAUUAUGACAGACCUGCACUACUUGAGCCAGGCUGACGGGGCAGGAGACUGGAGGGAGAAGGAGGCCAAGGACCUGUCUGACCUGGUGCAGAAUAGAAUCAGCUACUUGCAGAACCCCGCAGACUGCAGCAAAGCUAAGAAGCUGGUGUGCAACAUCAACAAGGGGUGUGGCUACGGCUGCCAGCUGCACCAUGUGGUCUACUGCUUCAUGAUCGCCUACGGCACCCAGCGCACCCUCAUCCUGGAGUCCCAGAACUGGCGCUACGCCACGGGGGGCUGGGAGACUGUGUUCCUGCCGCUCAGCAAAACCUGCUCUGACCGCACGGGAGCAUCCAUGGGGCACUGGGCAGGGGAGACGAACGAUCAUGACGUCCAGGUGGUGGAGCUGCCCAUAGUGGACAGCUUGCACCCCCGGCCCCCCUACUUGCCACUGGCCAUCCCCCAGGAUCUGGCCCCCCGGUUGCAUCGCCUCCACGGCGACCCCUCUGUCUGGUGGGUGUCUCAGUUCGUCAAGUACCUUGUCCGGCCACAGGCCUGGCUGGAGAAGGAGAUCCGGGAAACGACCGCCAAGCUGGGGUUCUCACACCCCAUCAUAGGGGUGCAUGUGCGGAGGACUGACAAGGUGGGGACCGAGGCAGCUUUUCACCCCAUAGAGGAGUACAUGGGCCAUGUGGAAGAGCAUUACCAGAUCCUGGCCAGACGCAUGCGGGUCGACAAGAAACGCGUCUAUCUGGCCACAGACGACCCCUCUCUACUACAGGAAGCCAAGUCCAAGUACCCAGACUAUGAAUUCAUCAGUGAUAACUCCAUCUCGUGGUCCGCGGGGCUGCAUAACCGCUACACAGAGAACUCCCUCCGAGGGGUCAUCCUCGACAUCCACUUCCUGUCCCAAACCAACUUUCUGGUCUGCACCUUCUCCUCUCAGGUGUGCCGGGUGGCCUAUGAGAUCAUGCAGACGUUGCACCCCGAUGCCUCCUCCCUCUUCCACUCCCUGGAUGACAUCUACUACUUCGGAGGUCAGAACGCCCACAACCAGGAGGCCAUCUACGCCCACGAGCCCCGCGGCACCGAGGACCUGGCACUGGCUCCUGGGGACCUGAUCGGGGUGGCCGGGAACCACUGGGACGGCAACUCAAAGGGUGUUCACCGGCGAACCGGCCGCACGGGGCUGUACCCGUCCUAUAAGGUGAAGGAGAGGGUAGAGACCAUCAAGUACCCCACCUACCCCGAGGCAGACAAACUGCUCAAGGAUUAGACAGAUGGACCUGGAGGAGUACACUGUGUUUGUGUGUGCGCGUGAGAGAGAGAGUGUGUGUGUGUGCAUUUGUGUGUGCGUGUGCUGGGGACAUUUGCAGUACUGUGGUGGGAUGCUCGUCCCUUGAACAGGGAACAAAAGAAGGACUAAUAGAAUGCACUCCGGGAGGAAGAAGGGAUGAAGGCAACUACAGCUCUUUAUUUAAAUACCUGAGGACCUCUCGUCCUCUGGGCUCACGCUGAAUAAGAAACUUAAGAACGUUGUAAACUACAGCACUCUAAACCAACAACCUCUCCUCUCUUUUCCUUUCCUCUCUCCAUCCUGGGGAUGUUGUCUCAACCUUGUCUUGGAGCCAAAUACUGUAUCUCUGCUCUCCUCCCUACAGCCAACUUCUACAUCUCUUCUUUCUCUGCUAUUAAUUUUCCGUGCCACAUUGUGCUUUUGAAGAAGUUAUUUUACAUUUUGAAAUUUGUUUUCUGUGUGUCUGAGGAUGUGCAUGUGCAUGUGUGGUAGGGUGUGUGCCUACAAUUAUGACUCCAAAUAUGGUGCCUAUAAGGGUAAAAGGUGUGUGUGUGUGUGUGUGUGUGUGUAUAGACCUGCCUUUUCACAAUACUGACCACUCCUGAGUCUUGACUCAUCUGCUCUUAGUCAGUCCAUGUUGUCUCUUUCCUGAUCUUAUUUCAAUGUUGUUGAGUUAAAAAAAAAAAAAAACUUUUUAAAACAAUCAUGAUGAAUAUUAAUUAAUUAUAAACGUGACACUGAUUACAAAUCAUGAUUGGCCCCCAGAUUUCUGUCUACCAUGAAGAGAUUUUCUUAUUUUAUGUUUCUGGGCAUUGUCUUUGAUGAAGCAGAUCAAUAAAGUGAUCAGCAACUGAG